AGUCUCGGCAGUGUUUUUAAUCUGUGGAACAGGGAAGUGAAAGUUAGCUGCAGUGCGUCGUUCAUUAUUGAUGUGUGUAAUCAUUACACUGACACCUCAUUGGUUACAAUAACUCAUGAAAAGCUGGUGCUACUUUACUCUUUCUUGGUUAGCUAAACGCGGCCGUACCGACUUCCUGUUUGACUUUGGCGGAAAAAAACUGUCCCAUUGAGGUGAUAAAUGAGAAGAUGACUGAAGGUAAUGGCAAGGCGGUUUACUGGAUCAUUGCCUCGACUUUCAUAGUAAAUUUAGCUCAAACUUUAGCGGCUCGGCAGCCUCACGUCGUGUUUAUCCUGGCUGAUGACUUCGGCUGGUACGAUAUCGGCUACCACGGCUCCGAGAUCAGGACGCCAAACCUGGACAAGCUGUCGGCCGGAGGAGUCCGCCUGGAGAACUACUAUGUGCAGCCUCUGUGCACCCCCUCCAGGAACCAGCUCAUGACCGGGAGGUAUCAGAUCCACACCGGUAUGCAGCACCAGAUCAUCUGGCCCUGCCAGCCGUACUGCGUUCCUUUGGAUGAGAAACUGCUGCCUCAGCUCAUGAAGGAGGCCGGGUAUGCCACACACAUGGUCGGCAAGUGGCACCUGGGCAUGUACAAGAAGGACUGCCUGCCCACACGCCGUGGCUUUGACACGUACCUUGGUUACCUGACAGGUAGUGAGGAUUACUUCACUCACUUCCGCUGUUAUCAAAGCCCCUCGCUGAACCUGAGCCGCUGUGCGUUGGACCUUAGAGAUGGGGAAGAGGUCGCCACAGGAUACAAAGGGGUCUAUUCCACUGAGCUGCUGAGCCAGAGGGCCAUCAGCAUCAUUGAAAGACACAUCUCUCAAAAGCCACUCUUCAUGUAUGUGGCACUGCAGGCAGUCCAUGCACCCCUGCAGGUGCCAGAGCGCUACGUGACUCCCUACAGUUUUAUCAAAGACACCAAUCGCAGACUUUACGCCGGCAUGGUGUCGGCUAUGGAUGAGGCGGUGGGCAACAUCACCAUGGCUUUACAAAAAGAGGGACUCUGGAACAAUACAGUCCUUGUGUUCUCAACUGAUAAUGGAGGUCAAACGCUGUCUGGUGGCAGCAACUGGCCACUGCGAGGGAGGAAGUGGUCACUAUGGGAAGGAGGAGUCCGAGGAGUUGGAUUUGUUGCCAGCCCGUUACUGAAACAGCCGGGCACAGUCAACCGCGAGCUCAUCCACAUCUCUGACUGGCUACCUACACUUGUUGGCCUGGCAGGAGGAAGCACCACAGGCACGAAGCCGCUGGACGGCUUCGAUGUGUGGAACGCGAUCAGCAAAGGGUUUGCCUCACCCAGACUGGAGCUGCUGCACAACAUCGACCCUCUGUAUUAUGACACUGCUCCAUGUCCUGGCAGGCAGCACAAGUUAACUUUGGCUCAGGUGGUCAGCAGAGAUAUGUGGGCCAACUCCAGCUUCAAUGUGUCCAUUCACGCUGCCAUUCGAUCUUCAAAGUGGAAGCUGCUGACUGGGUACCCAGGAUGUGACGUUUGGUUCCCCCGGCCUGAUGACAACACCUCCGACUCAAGCUCCUCUGAGGUGGAUCAUCUGAAGCCUGUCAUGCUGUUUAACAUUGAAAAAGAUCCAGAAGAGAGAAAUGAGGUGUCGGCUAAGUUCCCCAAGGGAAUCUUCGUCAGAUCACGACCGAUUGAGGUGUUUGACCUUCCAUUGAAAGCAGCAUACAGACUAGAGCAGGAAAUGCUUCCUGCUGAGAGCAGGCGGCCCUGUCCGAAUGUGGGCCGCGACCCUUAACCUGCCCUGAAUGUUGAUUGACAGCUGAGCAAAACAAACAAACAAUACUGCUGCUACAGAAAAACAGAGCCGUAGACCUGUUUGUCAUUAAGGAGUCAAUGACGCUCCUGUUUUGUUUACCACAAUUCCCAGACUUGUCACCAUAGAAACCAAAGCUGCAAUGCUGUUUGCUCUCAGCUCCUUGCUCCAUGUGACAUUUAACAUAUAUCUUGCACUGUUACCACUCAAAUCUGUCCUUUAAAUGUGAAGGUGGUACCAGGAUAUGCCAAUACUUUUAUGCAAAGUUGUGAGGGUUUGAACUUGUGUUUCAGUUUAAAUGGUGCAUGUUUUGAAAUGCACUUUUUUAUGCUAAAAGCACAUCAGUGGAUUGAUUUUUGUUUUGUAAUUUAACAUAAGGAAAUGGAUACCUUGGCUUCCUUAAUUUAUAAUUAUUAAUUUUCCGUAAAUACCAGCACCACAAAAAGUCUUUAUGAAGUAUAUUAUCUUUAUUAACAUGUUUCCAAAUCCUGGUCGGUGCGCCUAAAUAUGUGACAUCACUUUUUUCCUUCCAAGCCCCACCCACUUCAUGUAAGUAAAAAGUACUUGGAAUAAAAGAAUAUGGUAUUUUAUGAUGAAUGUUUCACUGUGUUGCACAGUAUAAAGCUGAUUGAGAGUAAAGUAUAUUUUAAAUCAC